GGUGUUGUCUGGCCGCCGCCGCGCGUCUCGGGUCUCCCGGCCACCGCCCGGGUCGUGGAGCCAGGAGCGACGUCACCGCCAUGGCGGGCAUCAAAGCUUUAAUUAGUUUGUCAUUCGGAGGAGCUAUCGGGCUGAUGUUCUUGAUGCUCGGAUGUGCCCUUCCAAUAUACAACCAAUACUGGCCCCUCUUCGUUCUCUUCUUUUACAUCCUCUCGCCCAUCCCGUACUGCAUAGCCAGAAGGUUAGUGGACGACACGGACGCCAUGAGCAACGCUUGUAAGGAGCUCGCCAUAUUCCUCACCACAGGCAUCGUGGUCUCGGCUUUUGGACUCCCUGUGGUAUUUGCCAGAGCACAUCUGAUCGAGUGGGGAGCAUGCGCACUUGUUCUCACAGGCAACACAGUCAUCUUCGCGACUAUUCUCGGCUUCUUCCUGGUCUUCGGGAGCAACGACGACUUCAGCUGGCAGCAGUGGUGAAGAAGCCGCUGGACUGUAGUCACAUGGACUUGUGUCGUCUGCUGGCCGUCCGCGCACAGGAGAGGGGGCUGUGAUGCUGAGUCGUUGGCGAGCCUCUGGGUUGUCCUAGGUGCUCCCUUCUUCUCACUGUUGUUUGCCUACUGUUUCCACAGGGACUUGCUGAGGAUUAAAAGGAUUUUCUCUUUUGGAAAAGCUUGACUGGUUUCCCACUUCUCUAGACGAUGCUUUCCACGGUGUCCUGCUGAAUCUAAAACACUUACGUGUUCUCCCUGUUCAGUUGUUUUAAAAUCAGUAUGCAAUGUUGCACAUUUUUAAGAUGUAAUAACCAUUUGCAUUGGUUUAGAAAUUCAGAACUUCUGGCUGUAUUAUGGGCUAAAGUACAUAUUUUUUUUUUCUCUAAAAGUCAGUUAAUCUCCAUUAUAAAGAAAAAUAUACAUAAGUAAGUUUCCAUUCAGUCAGGGUGACAUCACUCCCGGUGAAUGCAAACAUUGGCAUACCUUACCUACUAUUUACUCAGUGCAAAGAUAGCUGCAUUUAUACCUCAGGGGGGCCGACUAAUCCUGCCCAUGCCCUCCAUAAGGGUUGCUGGUUUUACUAGUGGACAGGUCUUUUGUGAAUUGAAAAUUAUUUUGUGGAAUUGCUAUAGAAGAGUGCUUUUCUCCUCAACUGUUAGAAGAAUUUAUGUUAAACUUUAAGGUACAAGUAUACAAACAAGUUUGGGGAUACAGUUUAUAUUCGUGUUUAUUAUGGUCAAAGCAAGCGAGCUGCUGCGUGGAAGAGCCGGCAUUGGCGUGCCACUGUCUGCGUGCUGUUUCCAUCCGUAGUGACAGGCCCGAGCUCUGUCACCUCUCAUGGUUUGGAGGGCGAAAGGGACAUGCAUGGGACAGUUGUGUGUUUGCAGUGUAGAUGCUCAAAACCUUUCCUCGCUUCCUCCUUUUAACUUAUUUUGUACAUUGUAUAUAUUUAAGUAAAAGAACUUUUCAAAUAUAGUUUAAUAACGUUUAGAAAUGAUUGACUGCUAGAAAACCGACUGCUACGCCAUACACGCCCCUCCCCCACAAGGCCUUGACGCGAUUCACAAGUGACUAGUUAGUCUUGCAGGUAAUCUAGGAACGAACGGUUGUAAGACUCAGACCACGGUAAGAGUAGUCUCCCAGCCUUAUAGCGUAUGUAUUUUAAAAAGCACUCCAGGCAGGUUUGCUGUGAACCUCUCGGUUGUCUGGGGUUUGGUUUCAUCGCGAUGGAUCUGCUGUUGUAAGUAAGGAAUUGAUUGUACGAAGUAAUACAGAGUAGCCAAAUCCAACUGCGUCACAGCUUCAAACACAGAUCUGACCAAAAACUUGUCGGCGACCAGGCAUGACCAAAUCGUAGCGGUCGUUCAAUUCUCAGUACUUCACCCAGGAGCUGGUUAUGAAAAUGUUCACACUGACCCAGCAGUAUUUUGUGAGGACAUUUGUAUGUUUCUCCAGUGUGCUUAUAUAAAAAGAAGUGUUCUGCCUUUAGCCGAAAAUGAGUAACCAUGACAACUGUCUUUUGUUGUUUUUUUCUACAGUUUAUUUCUCAAAAAACGAAAAAAAAAGAAAAAAAAAAUGGGAACAUGCACCAAGUUUGUUCAGCUUUUUACUAAAGAUGCCUAAAGCUGCAGUUUUUAUUUUGUUUUUGUUUGCCCUGACCCAUGUUUUAUUACCUUUGGCUGUGAGGUGGGAAGCAGUAUGAAAUGCCCAGAUGCGGCCGUGCCGUUUGUGGGUUAGACCAGAAGUGGCUUGUUGAAGAACGGGGAUGGAGACUCGUCGGCGGGUACGCACGUGGUCAGAACCCUGCCUGGGAUCAGGAUGGAGCAGGAUGGAGGUUCCGUCUCUGAUCCUCCCUGCUCUCUGCUCCCUCACGAAGUGUUGAGCGCUCAGCCGUAGACUCCUUUCCUAACAGCUGCAUAUUCUUUCUGGGUACUAAUCUUAGCAGCAGCAUUGCGUGUCUGACUAUGACACUGGCUUGCCAGUCCCAUCUCUGGUUUCUAGGCUAGCUACUUCCAAGAGAUUUUUUUCAUGAGAAUGCGCCAACACUGGAUUGUCGUCCUACCGUGGAGCGAGGGAAAACUUUUGAUGACGAAACAAUAAAGAUUUUAAAUAUCCA